AAAAAAAAAGUUAGAAGUUGUGAUCAUUCUCUCUCAGUAAUACAGAAAUGGCAACCAUCACUGCUUGCACCACAACUUCUUCUGUGGCACGUGCCGCCCUCGUGCAAAGGGGAUCUGUAUCCCGCACCUCAGCUGUUCUUGGAUUACCAUCCAUGAACAAGGGUGGAAAAGUGAAAUGCUCAAUGGAAGGAAAGCCAAAGGGUGAAUCAAAGUUGGGAAUGGGAGAAUCAUUGAUGGCAGCAGCAGUAGCAGCAAGCAUGUCAAACCCAGUAGCAAUGGCUUUGGUUGAUGAAAGAAUGAGCACUGAAGGAACAGGGCUACCAUUUGGACUCAGCAACAAUCUUCUUGGUUGGAUCCUUUUUGGUGUAUUUGGUUUGAUUUGGUCUCUCUACACUGUCUACACUUCUGGAAUUGAUGAUGAUGAAGAAUCUGGACUCUCUCUUUAAACUUUGUGUAUUAUUAUGUGAUACUAUAAUCAACUUUAACUACUUCUUUUGAUGUUGUAUCUCUUAGACUCUUCAAUUGAAGUAUUGUAUUUUUCCUUCUCC